AUGCGUUUCGCAGAAACAGAUAAACUCCCAGCCAUAAAAAUAAAAUCAACAGAUAUUUCACCAUUUGAGAAAUGGAUAGUUGUGACGUCAAUUCACCCACCAACAGAUGACGUCAAAUACCUGGCUCAGUUGCCUGGGUGGAGAGUGGUCGUUGUGGGGGAUGUUAAGAGUCCCGCCAACUGGAGCUUUCUCAAUUGUGAUUUCUUGAGUAUUGAGAAACAACAAUUACUGAACUUUAAAAUUACAGGUUCUCUCCCUUACAAAAGUUACGCAAGAAAAGACAUUGGCUACCUCUACGCUAUCCUAAAUGGGGCGAAGUAUAUCUACGAAACUGACGAUGAUAACAGACCAUCUGGCAAUUUGGAAGGUUUUAUCUACACACCGGAAACACCAGGACUGAUGUAUGCUGGGAAGAAGUUGUUUAACCCUUACCAGCACUUUGGUCAGUCCACAUUGUGGCCCAGAGGAUAUCCACUGUCCAAGAUCGGAGCGGCCAAUAGCAGAUCCUACUGGUUAUCCAACAGCUGGACAUCACCUACCAUACAACAGGGAACCGUAAACGGUGACCCAGAUGUCGACGCUAUUUUCAGAUUGACGAGGAAGUCUAUCACGUCACCACUUAACGUGACCUUUGACUCCCACGCCCCUCCAGUUCUAGUGCCCCAGGGUGUCUUCAGUCCAUUCAACUCCCAGAACACUUUGUUUCAUGAACGAGCCUUCUGGGCCUUGUUGAUCCCAACCGGGACCACGUUUAGAAUGUGUGACAUAUGGAGAGGCUACUGGGCUCAGAGGUUGAUGUGGGAAAUAGGAGACAGGCUGGCCUUCUUCCCUCCAAAUGCUCACCAAAACAGAAGUGCUCACUCCUACAUGGAGGACGCUGAGGAUGAGAAGGACAUGUACUUUCAGACGGACACUUUGAUUGAUUUCUUGACCUACUGGACAUGUCCUUCAAGUAUGACUUUUUUCCAAUGUGUUCUCAAACUAACGACUGACAUGGUCGUUAAACAUUUUUGGAAAUCUGAAGAAAUCGAAUUGACAAGUCGAUGGCUGGAGGAUUUGUUAGAAUUAGGAUAUCCUGAGCCUAAGAGAGUCCGAAACAUUAUAAGUGAUUAUGAAACAUUAAAACUAGACAAUGUUAACAUAAGUAAUGACAACGCUUACAAAAACCCGACUUCUUUUACCAACAUUACAUUUAUUUCAGUCGAACAGAAAUCACCACAAGUGGCAGCUAGCAAUGAGGAAGAUCCCAUUCCUCAGAAAGCCUUCAAAAGUCUCUCAAAAAUAUGCCCGAACAUAACGACAAUGGUGUCGGGUUUGAAUAGCACGCUCUCUUCAAACUACUACUAUGAUAUUCUGUUAGUGAUUGUUUUUAAUUUGCCAGGUUUUUACUCCAACGUUCGGUACCUUGACGCUCUAUACGGCCAAGUUUUUCCGAAUAUUAUUUACUGCGGCGACAACGCUUCUCUGUUUGCGGAACAAACUAAACAUUUAGGAAAACAGUUUAGUUUUAUAGAAGAGCCUCUGGAUAGGGGGACAGUAAAUUACAUGUGUGCGGUUAGAGCUAUAGAGAUGAACUUUAGCGUCAAGGGAUUCCUGAUCAUGGGUGAUGACGUCCUAUUCAAACAUUGGGCUUUAUUAAACAGCUCAAAGGAUCACUUCUGGACAACUUUUGAAGGUAGAUACAUCUCCAUUAAUAUUUCCCAGUCAAACCACCGGUGGUUCUGGUGGAACAGCGAAAAAGGGAAAGAAGCUUUUGAUAAAACUUUGGAAGACCUAAAGAUUAAUCUCAGUAUUCCCCACUUUAUCAACAGCACUUCUUUAUUUCUUGACAGUUUGUGGACCUUUACUGGCAGCUCUGAUUUGAUAGAGGCUGCAAUAUGUGACGUCUAUUACAUCCCUGCUUCUAAACGACUUCAGACUUCGUGGUUCAUGAAGAAGUUUCACCAGAAUCGUGUCUUUUCGGAAAUUGUUGUGCCUACCGUGGUUCGAGGCCUUGAGACGAAGAAGGACCUAGUUCGAAUGAAUGGGUCAAGUCUUUGGAAAGGACGUCGCGAGAAACCUUUUAGAUUCUAUUCAAAAGUACAACACUUUCUCCACCCGAUGAAACUAACGGACCCCGUGACUUUCCUUGAUAUGUGCACUAUGUAUGUUCCUGAUAUCCUGAGGUAUAGCUUUGGGAUUACGUUACUAAAUAACACUUCAGUUUAG